GAGAAAAAUAUGGCCGCCUUGUUGUCGAGAUCUUUCUACGCCUUAAUUACUGAUCAAAAAUCAAAGGGCACUGGUUUGCCUCACAAAAUAUUCUGGUUUGUUAUAUCAGUACUGUUUUUACAUUGUUUCAUGGCUAUGGCUGUGACCAACUUGAGCACAGAUGAAUCUGCUCUUCUUGCUCUAAAAACUGUCGACCCUCAUAAUGUCACGACGUACAAUUGGUCCAGCACUAGCUCCGUCUGCAACUGGGUUGGCAUCUCAUGUGGCGCUCCCCAUAGAAGAGUAACAGCUUUGAAUCUUACAAACAUGGGUCUUCAAGGCAUCAUUCCACCGCACCUUGGAAACCUCUCCUUCUUGGGUUACCUUACCGCAAGUGGCAACAAAUUUCAGGGUCGUCUGCCAGAAGAGCUAUCCCGGUUGCGGCGAUUGAAAGUUAUCAAUUUCAACAAAAAUAACUUAGGCGGGGAUCUUCCAUCUUGGUUCGCAAACUUAACUUCACUUCAAACCUUGAAUCUCGCUAAUAACACUUUUGUUGGAACCAUUCCAGUUGAAAUUGGUAAUCUUACCCGCCUAAGGAUACUCGACUUGCAGCAGAACCAACUUUCAGGGCCAAUACCUAGGAGUAUCUUCAACAUGUCUUCAUUGGAAAAUCUUGCGUUGACAUUCAAUAAUCUCUCGGGUAGUCUCCCUCUACCAGAUGAUAUUGACAUAUGCCAUCCACUUUCAAAACUGAAAGGGCUAUAUUUGUCUUCUAAUCAGUUGAAUGGCCAAAUUCCAUCAAGUUUGGGGGAGUGCAGCAACCUUCAGGUCUUAUCCUUGUCAGUUAAUCGUUUCACAGGAAGCAUUCCAACAGUUAUUGGAAAUUUAACAGGCCUAAAGCAACUAUUUCUCGGAUCAAAUUACCUAACAGGUGCAAUGCCAAAUGAGUUGAGUCACCUAAGUAAUCUGGAGGCUUUGAGCACACCACAUAACAACUUGAGCGGCUUCAUUCCUUCUUCAAUCUUCAAUCUCUCGAAGCUGACACUCCUUGACGUUACGGGUAAUCAACUCUCUGGCCAUCUUCCAUCAAGCAUAUAUCUUCCCAAUCUUGAGUAUUUCGAUGUAUCGGUUAAUAACUUCAGUGGCAGAAUCCCCGGCUCUAUCUCCAAUUCUUCUAACCUCAUCAUACUAUAUACGUACAAUAAUUCUUUCUCUGGCCUUAUUCCCAACACACUUGGUAAUCUACGAAUGCUACAGAGGCUUGACAUUACUUUCAAUAAUUUAACAGCUGAUUUGAGCUUUUUUUCCUCACUGACAAGUUGCUCGUAUUUGGAUACCUUAUCACUUUCCUUCAAUCCCUUGAACGUUUUCCUUCCAAUUUCUAUUGGGAAUAUGUCCUCUAUCCAAUAUUUUAUGGCAGGAUUAUGCAAUAUCAAGGGUAUCAUUCCAGUUCAAAUUGGUAACUUGAGCACAAUGGUGCAAAUGGAACUUUCUUUAAAUGAAUUGAUUGGGUCCAUACCAUCAACAUUAGGAGGAUUGAAGCAGCUUCAGGGUCUGUCUCUCUCUGGAAAUCAGUUACAAGGAGCCAUCCCCAAUGACAUAUGUCACUUGGAAAGUUUGAAUUACUUGUACUUAGAGAGCAAUAGGCUUUCUGGACAGAUACCCACAUGCAUGCCGAAUUUAACUUCUCUGAGAAAACUCUACUUACAAAAAAACAGCUUGAGUUCGGCCAUACCCUCAUCUAUCUGGAGUCUUACAUUUCUGUUGGAAGUAAGAUUGAAUUCAAAUUCUUUAAAUGGUUCUCUACCAUCAGAUAUUGGAAAUUUAAAGGCCCUGGUAUACAUGGAUUUAUCAAGAAAUCAAAUAUCAGGCGCUAUUCCAAGUAGCAUUGGAGGUCUCAAAGAUUUACAGUAUCUUUCCUUAGCGGAAAAUAGUUUUCAAGGCUCUAUUCCAGUGUCAUUUGGCGGCUUGGUAAGCUUGAUAUCCUUGAAUCUAUCGGCAAACAAUCUCUCUGGAGUGAUUCCCAAGUCCUUGGAGGCACUUUCGAACAUCAAAUCAUUCAAUGUGUCUUCAAAUAGAUUGCAGGGAGAAAUCCCACGUGGAGGACCCUUUGUAAAUUUCUCAGCUGAGUCGUUUAAGUUUAAUGAUGCCUUGUGUGGGUUGCCAAGGUUACAAGUCCCGCCUUGUGAAACUAUAACUCCUCGAAAAUCCAAGGCAGGUAGUGUCCGCUUACUGAAAUAUAUUUUACCAGUGCUUGCAUUUCUCAGUCUGGUAAUUGCAUUCACUAUCAUAUUCAUCAAAAGCCGAAAGAAGAGGAACUUGAAACGAGAGACCCAAGUAACAGGAGAUUUGUUACCCCUGGCAACAUGGAGGAGAAUUUCCUUUCUGGAACUUCAACAAGCAACAGAUGGAUUUAGUGAUUACAACUUGCUUGGCACAGGGAGUUUUGGCUCUGUAUUUAGAGGUUCCCUGUCAGAUGGGACAGAUAUUGCUGUUAAGGUUUUCAAUUUGCAGGUGGAAGGAGUAUUAAAGAGUUUUGAUUCUGAAUGUGAAGUUAUGCGCAAAAUUCGCCAUCGAAAUCUUGUAAAAAUCAUAACCAGUUGCUGCAACAUUGAUUUUAAAGCCUUGAUACUCGAGUUCAUGCCCAAUGGGAGCCUCGACAAGUGGUUGUAUUCUCACAACUAUUUCUUGGAUUUCCCACAGAGGUUAAACAUUAUGAUUGAUGUUGCAUCAGCCCUUGAAUAUCUCCAUUCUUACUCCGCACCUAUAAUCCACUGUGAUUUAAAGCCCAGUAACAUUCUACUAGAUGGAGAUAUGGUGGCACAUGUGGGCGAUUUUGGCAUUGCCAAACUCUUGGGUGGAGGUGAUUGCAUUUGCAUGACACAAACCCUGACAUUAGCCACAAUUGGGUAUAUGGCACCAGAAUAUGGACAGGCUGGAAUAGUUUCUACAAGAGGUGAUGUGUAUAGCUAUGGCAUUCUAAUGAUGGAAACCUUUACCAGGAAAAAGCCUACUGAUGAAAUGUUUUCAGGAGAGAUGAACAUUAUGCUGUGGGUGAAACGUUCACUGCCUGAUGCAAUAACUGAAGUUGUGGAUUCAAAUCUAUUAAGGGUAGAGAGGCCCUCCAUUGCUGAAACAGAUAGUGUAAUGUCGACAUUGAAAUUGGCAUUGCAUUGUUGUGCAGAUUUACCAGAAGACAGGCUGCACAUGAAAGAUGUCCUUUCCUCUCUGGAAAAGAUUAGAACACAGUAUUUGAAGGACCUUCGGAUAAGAAAUUCUGAAUGCUAGAAGAACCACAUCAAAUUCUCAAAAAUAAAAGAGCCUGGAGGGAACCAUUCACAAAUAUUCCGCCUACCAGGAAGGUCUAAAUUCCAUUUCUUCUCAAAAUGUUAUUAAUACUUGCUACUUUGAUUUGGGAGUCAUGGGCUCCAGAAUAUCAUUAUUUAAAUCUGAAAGAUUUAAAUAUCUUACCUUACAAAUAAAAUCUACUUGAGAUUAACCCCACGCCA